UCUCACUAGCGAUACACGUACCCAGCUAUUUCCACUCUUACCAAAAUGUCUUAUUACGCUAACAACGAAUACAUCAUCGCAACAAACAACUCGAUGAACGAGAACAAAUACAACAGUGAGAAGAUGAAGAACAGCGGCCUGAAGGCGCUGCUGAGACCGUUGAUGAAGAUGAUCAAGAAGACGACGAAGCGCGUUCCCGCCAAGACGUGCGACACGUGCUACGAGGACGAGCAGAACUCGAGCAACGAGUCGUUGGAGCGCAAGAUCUACGCCGAGAUGGAGACGUGCCAGCCCGGCGCCGCCUUCCUCGUCUACAACGAGGACUCGACCUACGACCUCGUGCCCGUCACACGUGACAACUUCUACGUACCGGUGCACUUCGCCCGCACCGACGCCGGCACCUUCUUCUGGACCACCGUCUCCAAGCCCGAAGCUGACUUCGCAGCCGCGCACUGCUACACCGAGUGCCAGACCGCCGAGCAGCAGCACCCCAUCUUCCACGACCGCUGGGUCCAAGCCUAGACUAGACCCACGCCUUCGACAACAAUCAGUGUCUUCCGUGAAACCAGUGCCUGCUCCGUUGGUUUCUGCAAUCGUCUGUGAUGUUAGCUUUAGUAUUAGAUUCUACGGUGCCAUACUAGUGUUAGGUUAGAGUUAGGGCUUGCUCAAUACUCGUGAUAACUCCUCGAAAGCUUUAAUUGUAAUUUCGAAUCGCGUUGUGAUAUUUUGAAUAUUGUAUUGUAUAACACUUAGCGUUAGGGCGUAGUGAUCGAAUUGUGAUCUUCCUAUAACUGAGCUUUAAUUGUUUUAGGAAUAAUAAAUUAUUUUUAUUUGUAAGAAUAUUCUGAUGAUAAAAGAAUGAAGAGUUGAAAAUAAAAAAAAGAUAUUGAACAUA